CGGGCCGAUAGGGGGUGUAUGUUGUUGACGAUGCUUUAGGGCGCUGUCCUCACUUGUCCCCUAAAAUACUAACAGAUAAAAUGGCGUCCGAGAGCAGCCCCGGUGACACCCAAGAUGAGAAAGCGGCUCUUUUAGAGACGAGCUCAGAACAAGAUGUGCAGCAACAAUGCAGUACGGUUGCGAAGCGAAGCGGGUCCAAGUUGACGCUUUAUCACUGGACGCAGUCUUUCAAUUCUCAGAAGGUGCGUCUGGCCAUAGCAGAGAAAGGUUUGAAGUGUGAGGAAUACGAUGUGAGCCUACCUCUGAGUGAACACAACGAGCCCUGGUUCAUGCAUCUGAAUCCCACGGGUGAGGUGCCGGUCCUAGUGCACAAUGACAACGUCAUCUGUGACCCAACGCAGAUCAUGGACUACCUGGAGCAGAAUUUCAACGAAGACACUCCAAAGCUCAUCCCUGAAGAGGGCAGUACCUACUAUCACAGAGUGCAGCACUACAGAGAGCUGCUGGACUCGCUACAGAUGGAUGCCUACACCCAUGGCUGCAUCCUCCAUCCUGAGAUCACAGUGGACUCCCACAUACCUGCAUAUGCAGCCACAUGUAUACGAACACAGAUCGGUAACACGCAAACUGAGCUAAAGAAACUGGCAGAGCAGAACCCAGAGCUCAAGGAUGCUUAUGUGGCAAAGCAGAGGCGCUUGAAAUCCAAGUUAUUUGACCAUGACAACAUGAAGUACCUGAAAAAGCUUCUGGAUGAACUGGAGAGUGUGAUGGACCAGGUGGAGACUGAGCUACAAAGGAGGGUGGAAGAAACACCAGAAGAAGGCAGUCAGUCCUGGCUCUGCGGUGAGUUCUUCAGCAUGGCAGACGUCUCCCUGGCAGUCACCUUGCACCGCCUCAAGUUCCUCGGCCUCUCCCGCCGCUACUGGGGCAACGGUAACCGUGUGAACUUGGAGACGUACUACGAGCGCGUGGUGGAGCGUCCGGCCUUUAGGAGAGUACUCAGCCAUGUCAACAACAUCCUGAUCUCUGCUGUCCUUCCUGUGGCGUUUCGCGUUGCCAGGAAGAACGCACCGGUCAUUGUUGGCACCACUCUGUUGAUCGGUAUUCUCGGGGGGGCGACAUACCUCGCUUUUCUGUACAUGAAGAAGAGGCUGACGGUCUCCUUCUGAGGUUAAAAGAGUUAGAGGGGUCUUGGGACUGAAUUUGGGACUGGGAUGAAGAAAAACAUAGAAAUUAUAUGAGAAAUGUCGACUAUAUCAUAAUAUAAAUUAUUAAAAGUUUUAAAACAUGCAGGACUUAUCAGUGCGCAUGCCCCAACCUUGCAAGCAGCCUGUUUCGUUUUCUCUAGCCUUUAUUUCCCCCUGGGAUUUCAGAGUUUCAGAUUGUGAUUGAAUCAUUCAGCAGGGGAGAGUAAUAUGCCACUAAAACUAACAUUUAAGUCUUGUUUUCUGUUGUAGAGGUUGCACAAAAUGCACUUUUAGUCCUCCUUAUUGUGCUACAUGAUUGAAUUACACAUGGAAGGAUCGACUUAGAGAACACACACGUUUUUGUCAUUUGUUUGAAAUCACAGACACCGUAAUUUUUCUAUUUGAGUAACAUUUACAGUUAUUCUUCAGCUUCCGCGCACAAGGUAGCACACAUGACUACAUUUGACAAGAAGUUCAUUAUUUAAAAGCCAUGAAAUAGAACAUGAAGGCAUCAUUGCUUGCUGCAAAAUAGAAAACAUAUGCCAAAAAAAACUUGGACUCUGUGUUCCCAACUUAAAAUAAAAGUGUACUGAAAGAAAUGGAAAUAAAUGUUUGCCUGAUCUACUUGA